GUACCUCACGAGACAGGGCCGGCUCUUGGCGCAGCACCCCAGAUUCCGCCGCCUGGUGAGCUCCAUCGCUUGCUCAUGUACGGCCAUCGGCCGCACUCUUUUCAUGCUCAGGAUACUUGGACAUAUUACCCAGGCGCAUCACCACCAGCUCUGAACGAAUACCUCAACAUUACAAAUGCGCGCCAGCAAUUCCCGCAAACACGCUUGGGCAUACUUCCAUGGCCGGCAAAGAGGGCUUCUCCAAGCCGGGGUAGAGACACGGAGCUACAUGUCCCGCCAGUGCCGCCUAUUCCCAAUGAGGUUGCAGUCAAGCAUUACCGGCGCAGAUCAAGCCAGGAUCAUGCCAGUCAGCGAAUGCUGCAAGGUGUUGGUCGUCAUUCGAGCCCGUCAACCGCCCGUAAUAGACAUUCGAUGCCGGCCAUGAUGGCCAAAGAGAGCAUGGUAUUUCCAGAAAGCGCAGUAUUCGACAGCGGUACGCGGGCCGGUGCCGCAGAGAGAGCUCAAGACUACCAGGCGCUGCUGUUGGGUGUUCCCAAGGGAGCCUUUUUUGAGCUCGAGCUACCAACAAGCGCAGCGGAGUCUGAAAAUAGGCACAAGCAUGGAUUUCGGGUUGGGACUGCUGCUGCUGCGGCUGAUGGUGGUGGUGGUGGUGGUCUGACUAAGGCUAAAGAAAAUAUUGAUGCUACUAAUUAUGAUGACAAUGACGAUGACGAUGACCAGCCCCCGAAAUUGAACCUUGGGCCGUUGCCAGCUGGCACGACGCUGGGUGGAGGGCAUGCAGUCGUCACAGAUAUAUACAUGGAUGUGAGCGAUGAGGAUACCGAUGACGGGGCUUGCCGGGGAAGACACAUGGCCAAAUUACGGGCGGAGCGCACAAGAUCAAUGACGGAUACGAGUGUCGUUACUGUGCAGCCUCAAGCGCGCUGGUCGACAGAGGCCGAGAUGGUGGUUGCAGACGAUGCUUCGUAUACCUCUCAUCCGUGCUCUGAUGACUGCGCGAACCAUGAGGCCGCAGUGAGGCCGCAGCAGACGGCGGCAGACGGCGCCCUCAGCCCUGUGUGGUUUGCCAGCAACGACUUGCGCCACGGGUGGACUGCGAGGCCGGAAAUUGACCACGAUGCUGACUCGCGAGGCGCUGGCGAGAUUGGCAUUGGGGCUUGCGGGCAACAAGCGUGGCCGGCGACACGAACAGAUGGAGACAUUUCGCUUAGGCCCGAGCUGGCGGGGGCAGCAGUCCAAGUGCAAGUGGAAGCUGACACUGACGCCUCGCAGGCGCGCCGAGUUCCCGCGCGGCCUGCCGACACGACUACCACUACUGCUAGUCCAUCGACUGCAUCAUGGCCUCUCGGUGACUCCACCACUCCACCACUGUACCUGUACGGUGCGCACCCGCUGAGCGAGAUGAGCGAGGCCAGUAGCGUCGCCACGCCGGUCGCGCCUGUUCCGCGCAUGCCCCGAAGUGAGCCCGAGGCGCCAGAGGCUGGACCGUGGCUGCAUGGCGACGGCUCCCACAGCGACGACGGUUCCCAUAGCGCAGACGAGCCAGGCGGACAGGCGCAUCUUGACGAGAGCCUCCCACAUCUCAAACCCCACGCCCUGCAGCCGCAGGCGCCGCAUGCCACGACCAUGGCCGUCCCCUCGCGGUCCACGUCGAUUCUGUCGCAGAUAUCUGCCAUGGUCCCCGAGGCAAACAAAGCCCCCUACGCACACGCUUCCAAUGGCACAUCAACCCCGUCCGCCGCCCGUCGAGCGAGGCCGGAAUUUUCUAAAAAACUCCCAGCUCCGCCGGCUCAGAUCCCUGAGGAGAUUCUGGCCUCACAUGACAGCGGCACUGCCCAGGGCGAAGACGGCGACGACGACGACGACGACGACGACGACGACUUUGAUCUCUACGCGGAUCACAAUGGCAUUGUCAAAGACGUGUGCGACGAAAACGGCCGGCCGUUGCGAGUGGCAGAAGCCACACAUUCGACGCCCGACGCUGGCCUUGUGCGCGCAUCCCACGACGGCGAGCCCCCUAGGUACAGCACCGAGCGCCCCAUGAGCUUCAUUGCAGGACCUGCAGACCAAGACGGAAAGCCCCAGGAUCAAAUCAAUCAGUCUGCACUCCCGGCCAACGACAAGUUUCGCCCCCGCCAGCUGGAAACAAUUUACUCUGAACUCCCGGGAAACUCUCCGGAACCACAGUGGGAUCAUGUCCAGCCGCCGCCUGCAUCCAUUUCACCUCCGCCCAGCUCACCUCCGCCCAAAAAUGUCCUUCGCGCCGCCAGGUCAGGAGACGCUACCAAGCCGGCAAAACAGGCACCUGUUGAACAAACAAACUCUGAGAAAUUAAACUCCCAAGUAUCCCUACCGGAAGAGCUGGACGCGCAUGAACAAGUGUCUCAAAACGUCCACGUCUUGAAUCAGGAUUUGCAUCAACCCCAGCCCCAGCGAGCACAGCCCAUCCUUCAAGGUAUUUUUCGGGGGCAGAGUCCAAGUCCUGUGCCUCAAGCCCAAGGCCCGGAGCAGGUCCCAAGGAACCAAUAUGAGCUUCAUCAGCAAAUGCUGCAACAGGCGAGCAAUGCCCGUCUUCAGAGUGUGGACAAGCAGCCGUCUGUCAGCCCUGAACCACCAUCUGCUGAUGAAGCGUUGAAGCCAAACGGAAAACCUUCGGCCAAAAACUCGGCUUCAUCCAUGUUCAAGAUAUUUGGCGGAAAGAGCGCGGGUCAAUUGCAACACACAAAGACACCGAACGCCCCUGUUGACCCAACCCCAGCGGGAGAGACUGCAGAGACUGCCAACUCGGUUGCACUGCCGAAUCACUCAACCACGGAACAAAAGCCAUGUGCAGUUCAAAUUUCGCCCCCUUUGGAUCAGAAGAAACACGGAACCCCUGCAAAAUUCCAUCGUAUCUCCCUCCAGCAGACUCGAACGGGUACAAGCAUCAAGAGCAUGCCAUAUGAGACGCUCUGCGCACAAUCACAACCAGAGGUGAAAAAGAAGAGAUUUGCUCAUCUGGGCUCAUUUUUUCAAAAAGGUAGUGGAGGGGGCGACAGCGUGACAGCGAAGCCCAAGCAUUCAAAGGAGGACAAGAAAGCACAGAAAGCCCUCCAGAAAGCGUCUGCGGGUUCAGGUGAAAGCCCGAUUUGGAAUUGGGACUGUCGAAAGCCGCGAUACUCGAACAAGGAAUCUGAUCAGCCAAGCACUUCCGGGAACCCUCUGCCAAACAAUGUGCAAGUCCAGCAGUUACGGCAAACUCAAAAAUCGGCGUUAGGCAUCCGUCCAGACGAAGGCUCUGCAUUCCUGAGCACAAAACAACUGGCAGCAGAACACCAGGCCCAAAAGGCUGGCAACAACUCGCAUUCUGGUUCCGCUACACAGGGCCCAUCUGCGCUUAUUGGGCGCCUGCGUCAGAAAAAUCAAGAUCCCCCCCUUGCAGAGUACUACAAGCCUAUUUCCGGACACGCCGAAGAAGAACAAGGGGCUUAUGCUGCCACCACAGCUGUAAUACAACAGCAGGAGCAUCCAAUACAGCGAAUUCGUCUACGAGAGCCACAGUCCCGCCCACAAUCGGAGCUGAUUUUCAGCCAAAGCUGGUUAUCGCAACGCGAGCAAAUGGAGCAAGGUCAAUUGGUACACGGACGCCCCGAACAGCCAUCCAGUAACGGUCAGGGGAUGCUGCAACAGAUUCAACCCCAUCAAAAACACCUCCCGCCACAUCUGAGACUGGGUAAACUGCACCCACCAUCGACGCCGUCUAUUGGGUCAGGUCUAAGUUUCGAGUACAAUCCCCACGAUGUUAUGGUCUCUCCUGCUGCGCCUUCGGGCCCAUCUGAGCCUAGAUAUGAAGCAACCCCGAUACCUGCUGCCUACGGCCAUGUUUCUGGAGCUUUCGUGUCUCCUUUGGAGCAGCAGCAGCAGCAGCCAGCGUAUCCAUCUCCAGGUGGCCAGGCGCCAUCUGCCUUGGCGAAUCGUGUUGGGUGGCAGUAUGGCGAUGCGGGCAUGUCACUAUACACUCCACAGAUAUCUGCGCAAUCUCUGAUGCAUCCUUACCACCGGACAUACUCAGAGGCUAGUAGCAUAUCGAUGGCGACGCCAAUGCAGGAGUCCUCUGCCGCACACAAUUCUUCGCCUCGCCCUACCACCCCACGUGCUCAUAAGCCACGGAUGGAUAGCAUCUCAGAGGUGCAGCAGCAGCAGUAUAUACAGCAGCAGCAGCAGCAGCAAGGCCGUCCCUGGCAUCUCAACUUCCCAGCUGGGGCGACUGAGCAAGAGAUUGUUCGAGCACGACAGGGCCAGUAUAUGCAGGAGCUUUUCCAUGCUCAGCAGCAGCAACAAGCUGAAAGAGCAGCUGGAUCGCCUUCGCCAGGCAUGCCUCCGCCGCAUGUAGCACCCAUAGUCACAACCUCGCACAACCAUUCACCAGGUGGUGGAUUUCGAGAAAUUCUGCCCAGACACCCUGGGCAGCCUUAUGCAGCACCGCAUCCUGCGCUGUCGCACCAAGAAGAGCGGUUUACAGGUCACCAUGAUCCCUCAUAUGACCAGUCAGCCCCUGCACACCCCGGAGCACCUCCACAUCCCGCAGCAUAUCCUCUACCUAUCGUGCACCAUCCGACGGCAGAUCCUACAGCUAGACCUUCUCUCGCCCCACUGCCACCACCAAAGGUACCUUAUACCCCAACAGGCCCACUUCCCCAAGAUGCGCAGAUGGAUCCAAUCAACGGACAGCGUCAUUCGCAGGGCCAUUCCAUAACAGAUCACCAGUAUGGGGCGCCACACGACAGGAUUUCCCAUUACGAAGACCAAGAACAUGACGAGGCUCCGCCAUCCUACGAUGGCAUCGGUGUGCCCAACGAAGGCAUGGACAAAAACCGCCCCGAGGCAGUUCGACCGCCCAACAUCAACACAAACAUUGAUUCACAGGGCCAAGACCAACGGCCCGGCCUCCGACCACGCCAGUCUUCAAUCGGCAUGCUGCAACACCCCCAGCCCGCCUCCAUGGCCGCAUCUCCCCAGCGCACCUUAUCCGACAUGGGCGCCGAAUCGCUCCGUCUCCAGCUCCUCCAGCAAGAAAACCUGGUGCAAAUGGAGCGCAUCCAGCGCGAGCAAGAGCGGCGCGACGCCAUGAUGCGCGAACGACAGGAACGCGAAGCCGCGCGCGCACGAGCCCGCGAACUCGAACGCAGCGUUUCGGCCGGCGGCCAAGUCGGCAGCCUGCGCAGUGCUGGCGGCUCCUUUCGCGCACCCGACUGGGAUCGAACCGGCAGCCAGAGACCGGUUUUCGAAUUACCGGCUGUUGCCGAUGAGGAAGAGCCAGUAAUGAAGGCGACUAGUUAUCCUGGCCAGGAGUGGAUUCCAUCUUUUUGGGAUGGUGAAUGA